CAUACCAAAUCCUAUAAACACAGUAUUCAUGAGCAUUAAAUUGUAUGAUCGUUAUAUAAAUUCUACGACUGCAUAGAGCUAGAAACUCACAUCCAUCUAGCUAAACCUCCAUCAACUCCACCUCGCUCUAGUCUAGAUUACUUGAACACUUCCACCAAAAACCAAAAAAAAAGAAAAAGAAAAGAAAAAAGAAAAAACAAGAAAAACAUGGGCAGGUCCCCAUGCUGCGAUAAGGUAGGCUUGAAGAAAGGGCCGUGGACGCCUGAAGAAGAUCAGAAGCUUCUAGCGUAUAUCCAAGAACAUGGCCACGGCAGCUGGCGUGCCCUCCCUCCAAAAGCUGGGCUUCAGAGAUGUGGGAAAAGCUGCAGAUUGCGGUGGACGAAUUAUUUGAGGCCAGAUAUUAAGAGGGGGAAGUUCAGUUUACAAGAAGAGCAGACCAUCAUUCAGCUCCACGCCCUUCUAGGAAACAGGUGGUCGGCCAUAGCGAGCCACUUACCCAAGAGGACAGACAACGAGAUCAAGAACUACUGGAACACUCACUUGAAAAAACGGCUGGUCAAAAUGGGCAUCGAUCCCACCACUCACAAACCCAAGAACCACGCCCUCGGCUGCAGCCAGCCCAAGGAGAUAGCCAACUUGAGCCACAUGGCUCAAUGGGAGAGCGCCCGCCUCGAAGCCGAGGCGCGGAUCGUGCGCGAGUCCAAGCAGCUCGUCUCCAACUCCUACGGCUCUCAAUUGAUCAACGCCGCGCCGCCGCCCGCCGCGCGGCCCCCCUGCCUCGACAUACUCAAAGUGUGGCAAGCCACGUGGACCAGGAGAAAAGACGUGGUCCCGGCGCCGGCCACCCUCUUCGCCUCCGCCGGCAACCUCGAGUCCCCCACGUCCAUACUCAACUUCUCCGACAACGGAUUGAUCAGCGACGCCAUCAGUUACGUCGGGAAGGCCUAUCAAGACGAACAAAACAAGGGCAUAGCAGUGCUGGGGAAUUCCAUGCAGCUGCAUGAUCAAGUCACGGUGACAGACCCUAAUUCCGCAACCAAUUACACUGAUUCCUUAAGGUUUCCGAGCUUCUUGGAUGGCUUCGGAGAUGUUCAUGGCUCCGGACAAGCCGACAGCGUAGUGUUCGAGGAUAAUAAGGUUAACUACUGGAGCAAUAUUCUGAACGUGGUGAAUUCGCCUAUGGGUUCCCCCGUUUUCUAGGUGGAUAUCUUGUGCUGUUUAGUUCUACCUGCUUCAGUGCUACGUUAGCUAGGGUUUUAGUCGUCUAAUUAAUAUAGUUCCUGCGUGUGUCUUCAUUAAUUAUAUGAUAUGAUGCGUCUUCAGAUUUAGAUCAUCUGAAUUUGAUCGAUAAUGUCGUCCAAUUAAGACGGGUUAACAAUGUUGGACUAGCCAAGUUUUUUUUUUUUUUUUUUUGUUACGAUCGAGUGUGUUUAAUUUCUUGAUUAAGUGUGGAUCAUCAAAUUAAUGUAAGAAUAAAAGUUCAAAAAACUAUAGUUUAUUUAUUA